AUGGCAGUGUUGUGGUUUUUGUUUGUGAUACUUAAAGCUGGGAAAGCGUUGGAGUUAUCAAAUGAGCAGUACCAUCAGAUGCCAAAGCUGUUUCAGCUGGAUGACUACGAGAAGUGCCUUGCGAAUCGACGCGGUGCCUUCUGCCUCGGUAGCUUCAACCUUGUAGCACCGCCUAAUAACCGCUUGUUUAAUGUCAUUCAGAAAUUCUCUGAAGAACGCUACAGCUUCAAUCACACACGAAUCCACCGGGGCUUCUGCAUUUCAUCAAGAUGUUCAGACGUCGACGAGGUUUCACUAAAUAGAAAGUUCGUGAAGUGCGUCAAAAACCAUACCCAAAAGUAUUAUGGCUUCGAUGCAAAACUUUCGUCUCUCGACUAUUGCAAGACAAAUAAAACACCACCUUCGAGACCAAUUGACGGUCUUGAUAUAGCGUUUAUUUAUUUCUGCGGAAUUAUACUGUUAAUGAAUGUGAUUGGAACUAUUUACGACUUCACACGCAACCUUGACCACAAACCUAACCGGUAUUUGAUAACUUGGUCCUUAGCUGAAAGCUGGAAACGACUGACAAAUCCGUAUGAAAGUGGAGACCAAAGGCUUACGUCUUUUAGUCCUAUCAAUGGAAUAAAAGCAAUUUCUCUGUGUUUCGUUGUGCUGUCACAUUCUGUCCUGGCAUUCUACGUCUCAUACCUCCGAAAUCCUCAGUUCGUGGAGUACUCGAGUCGACACCCACUAAGCACGCUGUUUCAAAACGGAACUGUGAUCGUACAGACGUUUAUAAUGCUGUCCAGUUUUCUACUUGCCUACAACCUGUUGAUCGACAGUGAAAAAGACCCAAAAGGCCUUAGACUUCGCUCACUACCACGUGUUUUCUUCAAUCGUAUUGCAAGAAUUACGCCAUUGAAUGGUUUUAUGGUUGUCUUAAUGGCAACUUGGUGGCGACACAUGGGCGACGGUCCACUGUGGAUACCAUUAGUUGAGGCGGAGUGUGCACAAUGCAGGAACAAGUGGUGGGCGCAUGUCCUGUAUAUCAACAACUUCAUGGAACCGGAAAAAAAGUGCCUGAUACAAACAUGGUUUCUCGCGGUGGACAUGCAACUUUAUGUAUUGGCGGGCUUUCUGACUGUCACCUUGGGCCGGUCACCGCGCAGAGCUAUCAAGGUCCUAAGCUGUCUUCUCGUUUGCGUGAUCGUUGCCAAUUUUGUUAUCGCCUACAACUGGAACUUGAAGACAAUGCUCUUCCACAUGUAUCCUGAAGAGAUCCGAAACCAGUUCGCUGGUGAGCCUUCUUUCAACUUCUUGUAUACGGCUCCAUGGAGCAACCUACCUACCUCACUGAUUGGAGUUUUUGCUGCCAUCCUCCUUUACUAUUGGCAGCAGGUCAAUUUCAAGCCCGGAGAGAGUUUGAUCUUUCGUAUACUGUAUCGAUGCUCCGUGCCAUCCAUAUUUAUUUGGCUCCUAUCAGGAUACUUCGUAAAGGACAUCAGUUCACCGAUCGGCAUUGCUGCGCACGCAGCACUAGAACGACCAGUGUUUUCUCUUAUUAUCGUCGUAGCUUUGCUUGGAUUUAUAAACAAAGUCGAUAGUCUAUGGUGGCAGUUUCUGUCGUGGGAUGGCUGGCGACCACUCAGUCGCAUGUCGCUACCCAUUUUGCUCGUGCAUUGGAGCUACAAUCUUACACAAAUUGCUCUGAAUACGAACCUUACAGAAAUGUCUAUAUUCGCAGUUAGUGGGCACUGGCUCCUGACUUUAGCCUUGACUUAUGUAACAUCUCUGCCGCUGCAUCUUCUCAUCGAAGUGCCUAUGAUGCAGUUUUUCAAGGCGCUCUUUUCUUAA